GCUGCCUAGGUUCCUCAUUGUAAAAGUAACUUCAUCUAUAUCUACAUUAUGAUUUAUUUAGGGACCAUCACAAAUACAGUAAUAGCAGAGUUAAAGAUUGUUUAUUACACAUAUUGGCUAACAAAAACUCUUUUUACAGAUUUUUUUUAUAAAAUCCUUAAUCCUUGCAAGUUCCAAAAAUCAGGUUGAAGCGCUGAGUAAAAAUAACAGGAGAAGGUUUAAAAGAACACUCUAGCUGGUCAUGAGGACGGCAAGGCGAGCCAGUACCGUGGAGGUUCCUUCCUUCCUGCGACAGCUGGUGAAGGAGACCGAAAAGAUGGUCACUUUUUUUUUCAAGGGAGGGCAGGAGGAACAAAAAACAGACGAUGAUUCGGACUCUGAAGAUGAUAAUGAUGAUGUGGAGGAGAUACCCAGCCCUUACCUGGAGAGGCCAAUGCUACAGAAGUAUACUGACGAGGGUGAGAGUAAAUGGGGCAUUAGCUACGCCCUGGCCUGCAUGCAGGGAUGGCGCGCACAAAUGGAGGAUGCCCACACGUGCAUGCCCGAGAUGACUAAGGCCCUAUCUGAUUGGAGUUACUUUGCUGUGUUUGAUGGGCAUGCUGGAAAUACUGUGGCUCAAUAUUGCUCCACCCAUCUGCUUGAUCACAUCCUUGCAACAGGUGGCAUAGCUGCAGAGGAAAAUGUGGAACAAGUGAAAGAUAGCAUUCGAGAUGGGUUCCUGGGUAUUGACCGCCACAUGCAUCAACUGGCCCACACCAGUGGCUGGGACCGCAGUGGCUCCACAGCAGCUGCUGUCAUGAUCUCUCCACAAAACAUCUACUUUAUCAAUUGUGGUGACUCACGCACCUUCCUGUGCCGCAACAGACAGGUGGUCUUCUACACUGAGGACCACAAGCCCUGCAACCCACGCGAGAAGGAGCGAAUACAGAACGCAGGAGGCUCAGUCACACUGCAGCGCAUCAAUGGCUCCCUGGCUGUAUCUCGUGCUCUUGGAGAUUUUACCUUUAAGGAGGUGGAGUGGAGGACACAGACAGAGCAGCUGGUGUCUCCUGAACCAGAGGUCUAUGAUCUGGAGCGCUCUCCCAGUGAUGAAUUUCUAGUGGUGGCUUGUGAUGGAGUUUGGGAUGCCAUCAGUAAUGAAGAGCUGUGCGCCUUUGUGCACAACCGGCUUUCAGUGUGUGAUGAUUUGAGAGAAGUCUGUUCGCAGGUCAUUGACCUCUGCCUUUAUAAGGGAAGUCUGGACAACAUGAGCAUCUUCAUCAUCUGCUUCAGUGGUGCUCCACAAGUGACUCCUCAAGCAUUGCAACGAGAGGCAGAGCUGGAAAAAAUCAUAAAUCUUAAAGUUAAAGAGAUCAUUCAACUGAUCAGGUCUAAAAACGAAGAACCUGAUCUGCUUCGUGUAAUGAAGUUUCUGUCGACUGAAAGCAUCCCUGGACUUCCACCAGGUGGUGGCAUCACAAGCAAGAGAGACUGCAUAAUUGCUGCAUACCAGAAAUAUUCAGCAGCUUUCACAACUAUUGAGCCAGUGGAUAUUGGGGGCUCAGAUGAUUCUAACUAGUGGUGGUUUCCUUGGAACCUGUCAGAAGCCUCACAUUGUAUACAUAGCAAAUGUCUUUAUCAUAGAAAACACUUUUUUUUACCAUUGUAAAACAGCAAAAAAGUUUACUCAUUUUGUUUUCUAAUCUAGAUAUAUAUUGAGAACCAUUAACAAAAAUAUAGCUGAUACAGAAAGCAGAAUCUGCAUAAUGUAGAUGUUAACAUUAUAUAUUUAAAGUAAGGUAUCAACACUCACUUGUUCUGGAUAUAGAGGUAAAGACAUUAUAAAGAAUAUCUCAGCAUUGGUAUGGGGCAAAUAGAUAAUGGGAUUAUUAAACUUUACAAUAUGAUGCCAGAGAACUUAAAACUAUCUAGGAAAAGUUUGAAUAUUAGUUAAACACCAGUCAAUACA